AUGACUCCUCCAACGUUUUGGCUGGUUAAUGACGGGAAGGGCAGUGUCACCUUCGACCAAGUUCCGCCAAGUGACACAAACUCAUUCACUGACACCUUUGAUUCAUCUGUAAAAUGGGCAACAACAGCUUCUAUUAUUUCUGGUGUGGUGAUGACCGUUGCAAUUGUUGCCAUUGUACUUGCAAUAAUUGAUUGCUUGAAGAAAGCAGGAAGCGCAAUUCCAACGUACGCCCGGAUAGCCACCAGUGACAACGAUAAAGUUUCAAAUUCACCUCCUACAAGCAGCAGCUUAGCGGUGGAUAUACCACCAAAUUUCCCAGUGAUUCGAGACUCGGAGGUCCGAGGAGCUACCAUGGAGAGAUUCCUCAGCAAGAUGGCCAGAGAGAAACCCAUAAGGUUUUCACCUCAGCAGCUUCAAGAAUUCACUCAAAACUUUUCCACUGUAUUGGGUUCUGGUGCUUUUGGAGUAGUGUUUAAAGGAGAGUUCCCUGAUGGAGUACAAGUUGCUGUCAAAGUCCUUACCAACAACCCGGAUAAGAGAAUUGAAGAACAGUUCAUGGCUGAAGUCAGCACCAUCGGAAGAACUUAUCAUAUGAAUUUGGUAAGACUUUAUGGUUUCUGUUUCGAUCCCACAAUCAGAGCACUUGUUUAUGAGUUCAUGGAAAAGGGAUCACUUGAUAGAUUAUUGUUCAGCAAAAACUCGGAAAUUGAGUGGCAGAAGCUGAAUGAGAUUGCCAUUGGAACAGCUAAAGGAAUAGCAUACUUACAUGAAGAAUGCCAACAGAGAAUAAUUCACUAUGAUAUAAAGCCUGAGAAUGUUCUUCUUGAUCGAAACUUCAAUGCAAAGGUUGCAGAUUUUGGACUAGCCAAGCUCUGCAAUCGAGAAAGCAGUCAAGUAAUCAUGACUGGCCUCAGAGGAACUCCAGGUUAUGCCGCCCCUGAGCUGUGGAAGCCAUAUCCUGUUACUUGCAAGUGUGACAUAUACAGCUAUGGUAUGCUGUUAUUUGAGAUCGUGGGACGGAGGAGAAACCUUGAUGCUAACUUAAGCGAGACUCGAGAAUGGCUUCCCAGAUGGACGUGGGAAAUGGUUGAGAAGGAUGAAUUAGCCGAGAUGCUGAAGCUUUGCGGUAUCGAGGAGGAGAGAGAAAGAGAGAAGGCAGAGAGAAUGUCAAUGGUGGCUCUUUGGUGUAUUCAGUACCAGCCAGAAGCAAGGCCAACCAUGAGCACUGUGGUGAAGAUGUUGGAAGGAGAAACUGAAAUCGCUCCACCUCCAUAUCCAUUUCAGCGUUUUGAAUCUUUUGGACAAAAUGGAUUGGACAGUGGAAGCAAUGAAAACUCAGAUCUUUCACCAACAACAAGAAGAACUUCUGAAGAGCCAUCAUAUUCCAACACUAUAGAGGGAACAUUAGAGAUAGAAUUAGCUACUUAGUUCCCCAUACAUAUUUGGAUUAAUUAAUGUAUGUUUGUAUGUUCUAUCUAAAUUGUAUUGUUUUUCUUUUUGUUUCAUUUUUUUUUGUGGGCAAAAUACAAUACUCGUGGUACUUGAUUUGUGCAAUCAGUUAUAAAUAUUAAAUUCAUUAUUCCAU